AUGUUUAAGAAAAGAAAAGUUAAAGGGACUUCUGAGAAAAGAAAGAGGGAAGACAACAGUAAAGAAAUUGUAGAACAGGAUGAUUGUCAUAAUGUACAGCUUGAGUUGGAUCCUCGGAUAAUAAACAGGGCAAAAACGAUAGUUGAAACAGAUGAUUCGAUUCCACAAAAGGAGAAGGAGGAGGAGGAGGAGCAAUCUGAUUUACCACUUCUAUCCAAGAGGCCCAAAAAGGAUGAUUUAUUUUGUCCUGACUUAAAUAUCCAGGAACAGCAUCAGAAGCUUCAUGAGAAUGAAAAGCAGUUGCUAAAUUCCAAGAAACUCCAAGAGAAAGAUGCAAAUGGCGACAAGAUCUACGCCGGUAGGAUCAGAACUCAGUCCCGGAAGGAGGUGCUGGUGAAACCUGUUAGUACACACGUCAAGGAGAAUUACAUUAUGGAUUAUCAACGUGAUGUGUGUAAAGACUUUCUAAAGUUUGGUUAUUGUGGGUUUGGAGACACAUGUAAGUUUUUGCAUGUUAGAGACGAAUUUAAGAAAAAUGAAAGACCAGUGAUUAAAGAAUGGGAAGAAGCUGCUAAAAAGAGAAGGAAGUUUUAG